AUGGCGCCGUCAUACAAAGUUGCUGUCAUCCAAUGGCAUAUCAAGAACCUCGCUCCGGAUGAAAACCACGCCAAAGCGUGCAACUAUAUCCGACAGGCUGCAGCACAGGGUGCUGUCCUAGCAGUUCUACCAGAAUACCACCUCUGCGGCUGGGCCCCCGACGACCCCGCAUACGCGGUACAAGCCGGCGAAUAUCAGAAAUACCUGCAGGCCUACCAGGCGCUCGCUAAGGAAUUGCACAUCUGCCUCGUCCCGGGGACGAUCGUCGAGCGCCAUGUCGUGAAAACAGAUACCGGGGAUGAACAAGUCCGCCUCUACAACACGGCCUACUUCAUCUCCCACGACGGCCAGAUCCUCGGCUCCUACCGCAAGAAGAACAUCUGGCACCCGGAGCGGCCGUACCUGACGUCCUCGGGCCACGACCCCCAUGAGGUGUUCGACACGCCCGUCGGGAAGAUUGGCAUGCUCAUCUGCUGGGAUCUGGCGUUUCCGGAGGCCUUUCGGGAGCUGAUCGCCAAGGGGGCGGAGAUCAUCAUUAUCCCGACUUAUUGGGGAAGAAACGACGCAUCUCCCGCAGCGCUGGCCCUGAACCCAGACUCCGAAGCCCUCUUCCUCGAAUCGACACUGACUUCGCGCUGCUUCGAAAACACCUGCGCCGUCGUUUUUGCCAACGCUGCUGGCCCCGCUGACCAGUGGCUGGGCAUGUCGCGCGUGGUUCUGCCCUUCGUAGGACCAGUCGGGAAGAUGGGCGCCGAGGAGGGCUUGCUGCUGGCCGAUCUCGACGUAGGUGUGCUCGCCCUUGCGGAGGAAAACUACAAAGUGCGACAGGACUUGGCCAGUGAGGGGUGGCACUAUACGUAUCGGCAUAACAAUGCAGAUGUCAAGCUGAAGGGGUAA